AUGCCCGCUUUUCUUGUAGUGUUCAUAACUUCAGGUGAUACGAAAAGAUAUGAAACUUGGUCUCAAAGGCUAAAAGGUGCAUCAGUGGCCACUUUUGGUCUCAAAGACUCAAAGGUGCAUCACCAGCAACUUGGUGGUGGUGGUGGUGCCGGGGAUGCACCUCUGAGCUUUUGGGACCAAGCUGCUGAACGAGGACCCCAGAGGCAAGGACUUGAUGAUGGCCUUGAUCACCCUGCUUGGGGGACGUUCGGCCACUGUGCCGGUGGUUUUUGUGGGUGCAAGCUGGUAGGGGCGAUGGACAGAGUCAUGGCGAGUCAUAUCAGUGGCAAUCUCGUGCCUCUUCUUAAACAAGCUGGGGCUUCGUGGCUCUGA